GACGAGAAGAAAAGAAAAAGGUUAACCAUAACAACAACUAACCAGUAAGUAACCACAAAUAUGCCGCCACGUCCAAAUGCAGUGCCUUCUACAAUCACCAUUCACCAUUCACCAUUCAGUUGCAACUUGCAACCAUAACCAUGACAGUACAAACAAGAGUGUUCUCAUGUCAUGAUAAUAGAUUUCUCUCUUCAACUUGGCAUGCUCCCAAACCUUAACCAAACAUCGUUUGACCUGCCAACUGUUACGUACAGUUUUAGCUGCCUCCUAUGAUGGGAGGAGUGUCUGGCGGCGGCGACGACGACGUCGUUCAAAUCCAGCAACCGAACAAGCCCGGCGACCCUUUCAUCAUCACCGUCAAUUGCCCCGACAAGACAGGCCUCGCUUGUGAUAUCUGCAGAAUCAUUCUCGAUUUCGGUCUCUGCAUCGCCAAAGGAGAUGUUUCAACCGAUGGCGUGUGGUGUUACAUUGUGUUGUGGGUUAUUCCAUACUCCGUGUUGCUUCCUAUGAGCUGUUCUUAUCUGAUUCUCAAAGAACGACUUCAGAAAAUUUGUCCGCCUUGUUUAGCCUCCUUUUACGUCAUUCAGCAACCUUCGAGAUCUUCUCCUGUCUAUCUGUUGAAAUUCUGUUGCCUUGACCGGAAGGGCUUGUUACACGAUGUAACGAAAGUGCUCUCGGAGCUUGAACUUACCAUUCAAAAGGUGAAAGUGACCACGACCCCCGAUGGCAGAGUCUUGGACCUCUUUUUCGUAACAGAUAACAAGGAACUUUUACACACAAGAAAUCGACAGGAUGAGACAUGUGAAAGAUUGAAUGCUGUUCUGCGAGACUCGUGUAUCAGCUGUGAACUUCAAUUGGCAGGUCCAGAAUAUGAGUAUAAUCAGGGUAUCUCUUCUCUGUCUCCUGCAUUAGCUGAGGAGCUAUUUCGAUGUGAGUUAUCAGAUAACGAAGUUCGUGCUCAAGCUCUUAGCCCUGAUAUGACAAAGUUGAAGAAAACCAAUGUAACAAUGGACAAUUCCUUAAGCCCAGCUCACACGCUAGUUCAAAUACGAUGUGCUGAUCACAAGGGUCUUCUUUAUGACAUUAUGAGAACUUUGAAGGACUUGAAUAUGAAGAUUUCAUACGGCCGAUUUUCACCCAAUUCGAUGGGGUAUCGUGAUUUAGAUAUAUUUAUUCAGCAGAAAGAUGGGAAAAAGAUUUUGGAUCCGGAGAAGCAGAGUGCACUCUGCUCUCGUUUGAAACAAGAAAUGCUUCAUCCAUUGCGAGUAAUCAUUGCAAACCGAGGACCAGAUACUGAACUGUUGGUCGCUAAUCCAGUUGAGCUAUCUGGAAUGGGAAGACCUCGAGUUUUUUAUGAUGUCACAUUUGCUCUCAAAACAGUUGGAAUUUGUGUUUUCUCGGCUGAAGUAGGACGGCAUUCAACUUCAGAGCGUGAAUGGGAGGUGUACAGAUUUCUCUUGGAUGAGAACUGUGAGUUUCAAUUAACAGGUGUUGCUGCUAGAAAUAAGAUUGUAAAUAGGGUUCGAAGAACCUUAAUGGGUUGGUAAGUAGUAGUAUAUUUUAAGACAAUAAUAUGUAUUAUGUAGCAUCCACCAUCUGGUGUUGCAAUGUGUGCCAUGUACCAUUGAGUGUCUUCUGAUUAUUUUUUAUAUGUUGAUGAUCAAUUGUUGUUCGCUUUGUAAUUCAGCUAGCCUGUAUUUGAUCUUCUUGGUGUUCUUUGCAUUACAAUUAUCAUAAAACCCGGUUUAAGGGUUUUAAGAAAAUAAGAAGAUUGCCACAUUGUAAAAUACAGACAGCCAAAGGGAUGAAUCGAGAUGGUUCAAAUUUUGUGUUGCUUA